AUGUCCUCGAACGCGACCCGCGCAACCCGAGGGGACAGCGACGCCGAACCGCAGCUGCUCGCCAAGCCCUUGCCCACGCCCACGCCCACGCGUGGAUCUGCGGAUGGGCAAACACCAGCGCCCCCUGUGGCCGCGGCGCAAAGCUCACCCUGCGCAGUGGAUUCAGGAGCAUUGGGAGCGCCAUUUUUGUUGGAGGACCCAGCAAACCAGUUCCUACGUCUCAAAAGACAUGUAUACUUGCAAGAUUACUGGGACCCAGAUUACAGUUCCAAUGGGUGGGGAAUCACACUGGCUCAUCAGGCUCAUGAAACAUGGACUUUCUUGAAACAAACUGCACAGCAUUAUUUGGAACAAACCUUCACCUCUAACAUGUCUACGGCCCAGCAAAGGAGUUUCACUGGGUAA